GUGAUUAACAUCUAAAAAUUUUCACAAUGGACAGUACAAAAGAGAAUAACAAUGACAAAGAUGGGCUUCUUCUUAGAAUGGGACUCAAUGAUAACAAAGCAGGAAUGGAAGGAUUAGAUAAAGAGAAAAUAAAUAAAAUUAUCAUGGAAGCCACCAAGGGGUCUAGAUUUUAUGAAAAUGAGCUCAAAAAAGAAAAGCAAGUAAACCAACGAAUUGAAAAUAUGAUGCAACAAAAAUCUCGAAUUACCACCCAGCAGCUCUGGAAAGCACAAUUACAGGUUGACAAGUUUGCAAUGGAGUUGGAACAGAGCCGUAACCUGCACUGCACUAUAGUACACAUUGACAUGGAUGCUUUCUAUGCAGCUGUAGAAAUGAGAGAUAAUCCAGAACUGAAGGAUAAACCCAUCGCAGUAGGCUCAAUGAGUAUGUUGUCCACUUCAAAUUAUCAUGCAAGAAGGUUUGGAGUACGGGCAGCUAUGCCUGGAUUUAUUGCUAAGAGACUCUGCCCACAAUUAACCAUAGUGUCCCCAAAUUUUGACAAAUAUCAAGAAGUGAGUAAAGAGAUUAGGGAAAUUCUUGCUGAUUAUGAUCCCAAUUUUAUGGCUAUGAGCCUUGAUGAAGCCUAUUUGAAUAUAACAAAGCAUUUAAAGGAAAGACAAAACUGGCCCGAAGAUAAAAGAAGAUAUUUCGUCAAAGGAGAAAACCCUACAGAAAAUGAUCAACCAGAAGCUGUCAUAUCAGAGGCACCAGAAUUAAAUGAAACUGCCCUCUCCAUCUCUCCUUUACUCUUUGAAGAUAGCCCUGCUCAGCCACAGCAACAGGAGCCAGAAAUUCCUUCUCAAGCACACUUUGAAGAACAGAAAGAUCCUCAAGUCCUCCAAAACCCAAUUAUUUUUGGAACUUCAGCUGAGGAAGUUGUAAAGGAAAUUAGGUUCAGAAUCGAACAAAAAACAUCACUGACAGCCAGCGCAGGCAUUGCUCCAAAUACAAUGUUAGCAAAAGUAUGCAGUGAUAAAAAUAAACCAAAUGGACAAUACCAAAUUCCCCCUGACAGACAAGCUGUGAUGGACUUCAUCAAGGAUUUACCCAUUAGAAAGGUUCCAGGAAUAGGGAAAGUAACGGAGAAAAUGUUAAAAGCACUUGGAAUUAUCACCUGCUCAGACCUUUACCAGAAAAGGGCCCUACUUUCUCUUCUCUUUUCUGAAACAUCUUGGCAUAGUUUCCUUCAUAUUUCCCUUGGUCUGGGCUCAACACAGUUGCAAAGGGAUGGAGAGAGGAAAAGUAUGAGCAUUGAAAGAACAUUCAGUGAGAUAGGUAAAGCAGAGGAACUGUAUAGCUUGUGCCAAGAACUUUGUAGUGAUCUUGCUCAGGAUCUACAGAAAGAAGGACUUAAGGGCAAAACAGUUACAAUUAAGCUGAAGAAUGUGAAUUUUGAAGUAAAAACUCGAGCAUCUACCGUUGCAGCUGUUGUUUCUACUGCAGAAGAAAUAUUUUCUAUUGCUAAGGAACUGCUAAAAGUAGAAAUUGAUGCUGAUUACCCACGGCCCUUACGACUAAGACUUAUGGGUGUACGGAUAUCAGGCUUUUCCAAUGAAGAAGACGGGAGACACAGACAAAGAAGCAUCAUUAGCUUCUUAAAAUCUGGAAGCCAUGCCCUAGAUCCUGUUGGGUCUGUGCUAGAGAAAAAUGACCAAGAUCAAGUUGUGAAGCCUCCAGAAACAUCUCACAAGGAGAGUUUCUUCACUAAAAAGCGAUCAGAAAUGAGUUGGAACCACCAAGACAUCUUUAAAUGUGAGCCUGAGACUAAACAAGGCUUCCAAGUUUCACAGCCACCUAGUCUUUCAAAGAAAGAAAUGAAAGAGAAUUUAGAAACAUCAGAAAAUGUAGAUGACUGUCAGAUCUUUACCUGUCCUAUUUGUUUUAAGGAACAAGGAAGAAUCUGUUUGGAAGCACUUAACAGGCAUGUGGAUGAAUGUCUCAGUGGGACGCUGGUAAACUGUGACCCCAAAAUGGUGGCUGUCUCACAAUCACAAUCUUUUUGUUCAGAAGCAAAUCCAGAUUUAAUAACCCAUAAAACUACAGAAAGCCCUUUAGUAGAUAUUGUGCCUUCAGUAAGUAUAGAUGUGCUUUCUAAAGGAAAAAGUACAGAGACUUUAAACACAAGAGCAGGGGAUGAGCAAAGCCCAAAACAGUAUUCUAGCCUCUGGAGCAAGUCUUCUCUUGAUGAAUAUUUUUAUCAGAAUUCUCCCCAUGAAAAUGAAGGAUAUGAUGCCAAGUCCUCAGGUGGGCAAACAACCUUCCAGACCUCUUUGCCAAGAGAUAAAACAUUGGUGUGUCCUGUUUGCAACUUAAAGCAAAAGACUUCUGAUCUGAUUCUCUUCAAUAGUCACAUAGACAUUUGCUUAAAUAAAAGUCUUAUUGACGAACUAAGGGAGGACAAAGUUAGUCCAGUUAUGAAUUGUCCAACAGAAAAUUCUGAAAGUACUGGGAGCUCCGGCAAAAUACAGAAGGCUGUGAAUAUCACAGCAAAAACCAAAAGGCCAGGAUUGCUGACCCAGAAUUCAACAUCAAAGAAAACCAAACCAAACAAUUCCAAAUAUACCAUCGAUAGCUUUUUCAAAUGAACAAGAAGAAUUUUACAUUAGAAGAGGUCAUUUCUUAACUGUGAAUAUUUUAAAUCCUUAUUUUAAAAUUACAGAUUGAUUCAACGAAUGCAAAAAUGACUUGAUGCUAGAAUCUUCUGGUACGGAUGUCAAUAGUGUUUAGGUUAUAAAUUUGUUUUGGCGGGAACCAAUAGAAUGUGUUUAUUUGUUUAGGGUACCUAAAGAAAAUCACAUUAAUUGUAUCUAUGGGACUAUAAAGAACCAAAAAGCUGCUUACUCAUUUUGCUUAUUAGCCUUUUUUAAUGAUUUUCAUCCUUGAGAAUAGUGAGGACAUUGUCAAAUGAGGACAUUUGACAAUGACGAUGCCCCCUGCAAGCACAUAGUUCAGUUUUUAAAUAUUUAAUCCUAAGAUUAGAAAUAGUUGUCUCCUAUUUAUAUAGCAGCUCAGAAAAGCAAUGUCUUAUUUUAUUACAUCUGACUCUUUUUUAAAAAAAUUUUUUAAGACUGAGCCUCCUUCUUUUGCUUUGGCUAGAUGUGCAGGGGCUACUAACAGGCCUGAUCCCACUAUUGACUGGCUUGGGAGCUUUGACCUACUCUGUUUCUGAUGUAGGCCAGUUUGAGCCUCUUUAGGCAAUCAGGUCUUGUUUCUAUCUGGCUCCUCCUCACCACCACCCCCUUCCAGGAGCUCACGAUAUUGAUGUCAGACUUGGCAUGGACACUUGGUUGACUCAGCCCACUGAAGCUCAGAACUCCAGAACUGAAGAGAUCCACCAGCAGCUGGGAUUACAUGUAGGGAGCUACUUUUUAUGAGAAAUACUUAAGAUAAAAUGUACUGUUGUAAAGAUUGUAAUAUGUAUUAAAGCUCUGAAUUAUGUAAUGCUUUAGUUAAAUAUAGUUUAA